GCUCAUCUAAUCUCUAAUAACAGGAUGCCAAUAAUCCACUUCUCCACGCGUUGCGGCAAACGUCAGACGUUGCGGUGUCGCCGCGAUUGCAUCAUUGCCCAUGAACUGCAAGCGCCGCAACGAUGGCAUGGGUGAAGAAGGCCCAUUGGUGUGGCCGAGGCUUGUGUUGUUCAACAUCCAUCCAAAGGGUAUAAAGACGUCGACAGGUUCCAAGUCAUCAGGAAAAAAAGAAGAAGCAAGACAACAGACUUCAGCUUCUGAACAUCUACCACAUUCUCUUCUCUUCUAUUCGAUUCUCCAACCAUCGUCAUUCUUUCGAUAUAACACUAUUCACAAUGGCCCGCAUGAGCAUCCUCACCGCCCUGGCUGGCGCUUCCCUCGUUGCCGCCCACGGCCACGUCUCCAAGGUCAUCGUCAACGGCGUCGAGUACCAGAACUACGACCCCACCUCCUUCCCUUACAACUCCAACCCCCCCACCGUGAUCGGCUGGACCAUCGACCAGAAGGACAACGGCUUCGUCUCGCCUGACGCCUUCGACUCCGGCGACAUCAUCUGCCACAAGUCCGCCAAGCCCGCCGGCGGCCACGCCACCGUCAAGGCCGGCGACAAGAUCUCGCUCCAGUGGGACCAGUGGCCCGAGUCGCACAAGGGCCCCGUCAUCGACUACCUGGCCGCCUGCGACGGCGACUGCGAGUCGGUCGACAAGACGGCCCUCAAGUUCUUCAAGAUCGACGGCGCCGGCUACGACGCCACCAACGGCUGGGCCUCGGACACCCUCAUCAAGGACGGCAACUCGUGGGUCGUCGAGAUCCCCGAGAGCAUCAAGCCCGGCAACUACGUCCUCCGCCACGAGAUCAUCGCCCUGCACAGCGCCGGCCAGGCCAACGGCGCCCAGAACUACCCCCAGUGCUUCAACCUCAAGGUCGAAGGCUCCGGCUCCACCGUCCCCGCCGGCGUCGCCGGCACCGAGCUCUACAAGGCCACCGACGCCGGUAUCCUCUUUGAUAUCUACAAGAACGACAUCUCCUACCCCGUUCCUGGCCCCUCCCUCAUUGCUGGCGCCUCCAGCUCCAUCGCGCAGAGCAAGAUGGCCGCCACUGCCACCGCGUCCGCUACCCUCCCUGGUGCUACUGGCGGUAGCAACAGCCCUGCUACCUCCGCCGCCGCCGCUGCUCCUGCUACCUCCGCUGCGGCUGCUACUAGCCAGGUCCAGGCCGCCCCUGCUACCACCUUGGUCACUAGCACCAAGGCUGCUGCACCCGCUACUUCUGCUGCUGCUCCUGCUGCUCCCGCUACCUCGGCCGCGGCGGGCGGUGCUGGCCAGGUCCAGGCUAAGCAGACCAAGUGGGGACAGUGCGGUGGUAACGGCUUCACUGGUCCUACUGAGUGCGAGAGCGGAUCUACUUGCACCAAGUACAACGACUGGUACUCUCAGUGCGUCUAAGUGCCUUACCUUACCUUUUAAGGGAGAGUAUCUAGAUUGAAGGAUGGGAAAGAAAAGAGGGGGAGAUGGAGAAAAAGAAGAAGGUGAUCGAUGCCAUAGCAUGACAUGACAAGAUAGUAUGGCAUGACAUGGUAUGAGCACAAGGUUGAUGUCCAUGACUGACCGUCUGGAGUGAUGAGACGACGGAGACGGAGACGAGACGGGAGAGGGAUGAAGGAUGAAGGAAUCUUGUAACAUAGGCCAAUUUUUUUCAAAUUUUUCCAAACCAAUUUUUGUAUCUGUACAUAUACAGCUUUGCAUCAAAUAGAAACAUACAUCAUAUCAUAUCCA